AUGGAGGCGGCUCUCGGAGCGGCGAACAGGCUCCUCGGCCAAGUCCUCAACAAGCUCUCCGACGACUUGGUGAAAGCCUACGUGUCCAGCACCGAGCUCGGCCUCAACCUUGACAAGAUCGAACGCGAGAUGAUGUACACCAGAGGGCUGCUGGACGAGGUCCAGGGGAGGGACCUCACCAACAAACCUGCCCCGCAGGCGCUGCUCGAGAAGCUCGGCAAGAAGGCCGACGAGGCUGAGGAUGCUCUGGACGAGCUCCACUACUUCAUGAUCCAGGAUAAGCUAGACGGGGCUCAAGAGGCCACUCUGGACUUGGGCGGUGGCCUCGGCGCCAAAGCUCAGCAUGCCCGCCAUGCUGCUCGCCACACUUCUGGUAACUGGCUCUCAUGCUUCUCUUGUUGCCGUUCAAAAGACGAUGUUGCUGCUGCCAUGUCUCUUGACCACGGUGGCCAUGUUGAAAAGUUGCCAUUCAACCGGGUGGAAAUGUCCAACAAAAUCAAGCAGCUCAUAAAGGAGCUGCACUCUAACUGUACUCCUGUCUGUAAAUUGCUCAAGAUAGUGUCAGUCUGUAACCCUCAGCCACACAUGCCUGCCUUCACUAAAAGGCCCGACACAAGCUCUCAAAUCACACAGGAGAAGUUGUUUGGGAGGGAUGCCAUCUUUGAGAAAACUAUAGAGGAGAUUAUCAGUGUGACACAGAGUGGUAAAACCUUGUCUGUUCUUCCUAUAGUUGGCCCAGGGGGUAUUGGAAAGACUACCUUCACCCAGCACUUAGUCAAUGACCCAAGGAUUAAAGAAUGUUUUCCUGAUAUUAAUGUCUGGAUAUGUGUAUCGACUAAUUUUGACGUGCUUAAUCUCACCAAAGAGAUCCUGAGCUGCCUACCUGCAACUGAAAAUGGAGGAAAUAAAAUACCAAAUGAAACUACUGCCAAACCUGCAACUGAAAAUGGAGGAAAUAAAAUACCAAAUGAAACUACUGCCAACUUAGACCAGCUUCAGAAAUCCAUCGCAGAGACGCUGAAAUCCAAAAGGUUGCUACUUGUCUUGGAUGACAUAUGGGAAUGUAGCAGUACUGAAGAGUGGGAAAAACUAUUAGCUCCAUUAAAAAAGGACAAGACCAGUGGCAACAUGAUUCUUGUCACAACUCGGUUCCCAAAAAUUGUAGAAAUGGUGACAAAAGGAACUAAUCCAAUUGACCUCCGUGGUUUGGAUCCUGAUGUGUUUUGGAAAUUCUUCCAAAUAUGUGCAUUUGGUAGGAUCCAAGAUGAGCAUGGUGAUCGAGAGUUAAUUGGUAUUGCAAAACAAAUAGCAGAUAAGUUGAAAUGCUCCCCACUUGCAGCCAAAACAGUUGGUCGGUUAUUGAUCAAAAAACCCUUUCAGGAACAUUGGAUGAAAAUUCUUGACAACAAAGAGUGGCUAGAAGAAAAUCAUGACAAUGAUAUUAUCCCAGCCUUGAAAAUUAGCUAUGACUACCUUCCCUUCCAUCUGAAAAAAUGCUUUUCAUGUUUUUCCCUUUUCCCUGACGAUUAUAAGAUCGUUUCAUUAGAAGAAUGUGCCUAUAUCAGUUGUUCUAGUUUUGACGCAAAUGAAAUCCCAAAAUCUGUUCGUUACCUAUCCAUUUUCAUGCAUGAUACUCAUAUUCAGAAUUUUGAUGAAGACAUGGGUAAAUUGAAGGAAAGCAUAGACAUUAAAAAUUUGCGGAGUUUGAUGAUUUUUGGAGAAUACAGUAGGUUACGCCUAGUCAAUAUUUUAAGGGAUACAUUUAAGGAAAUAAGAGGUCUUCGUGUUCUAUCUAUAUUCAUGAACUCCCAUAGUUCCUUGCCACACAACUUUUCAAACCUUGUCCAUCUUCGGUACUUCAAACUUAUUUCGCCUGAUUACUCAAAAGUGUCUUUGCCAAACACAGUGUCUAGGUUUUAUCACUUGAAAUUUCUAGAUCUUAACCGAUGGGGAAGUGGUUGUUCUCUGCCUAAGGACAUUAGCCGUCUUGAAAAUUUACGCCAUUUUGUUGCUAAGAAAGAUUUUCAUUCCAAUGUUCCUGAGGUGGGGAAAAUGAAGUUUUUACAAGAAAUGAAAGAAUUCCAUGUCAAGAAAGAGAGUUUUGGCUUUGAGCUAGGAGAGUUGGGGAAACUAGAAGAACUUGGAGGAGUGCUCAAUAUACAUGGGCUUGAAAAUGUUACAACCAGGCAAGAAGCUAAAGAAGCCAAACUGAUGGCAAAGAGAAAUUUAGUUGAGUUGGGAUUACUUUGGAAUGAGAAGCAAGAGUCCACUGGAGAUGAUAUCCUAGAUAGUAUCCAGCCACACUAUAAUAUUAGAAGACUUCGCAUUGUAAAUCAUGGUUGUGUAGUUGGUCCUAGUUGGUUGUGCAGCAACAUCAUAUACAUGAAAAACUUGGAGACCCUACAUCUAGAGAGUGUGUCGUGGGCCAACCUUCCACCUAUUGGACAGCUUUAUCACCUAAGAAAGCUGAAGCUAAAAAAGAUAACUGGGAUAUCUCAUAUUGGACCUAACUUCUUCGGUGGCACCACAGAAAAAAGUUUCACACACUUGAAGGAAGUUGAGUUUUGUGAUAUGCCGGAACUCGUGGAGUGGGUUGGGGGAGCUAACUGUCAUCUGUUCUCAAGGCUUGAAAAAAUCAGCUGCACUGAUUGUCCCAUGCUCACUACGCUGCUAUUCUCGGGUUGGCCUAUUUCUUUUACAGAAGAGAACACCAUAUGGUUCCCUAGUCUUCAUGAUCUUCACAUUUAUAGAUGCCCAAAGUUGUGCCUUCCUCCCUUGCCUCACACUUCGAAGGUAUCCCGUAUUGAGACGGACUGCUUGGCUUAUGAUCGUACUAGAUUGAUCAUUCGGAUGCCCUAUGAAUUAUUGGUCUUCCACAAUCUUGGUGAUGUAGAAAGGUUGACAAUUCGGGAUGCAUCAUGCUUCUCAUUUAUGGAUCUUCAAAAGCUGCAUUCCCUAAGACAUAUAAAUGUCUAUUGCUCUUUCUCGUUUGGAUGUGACCGCACCGCAUCAUCAGAUGAGGAUCAUGAGGAAGUGGUACUGCAGUUUCCACCCUCCAGCUCGCUGAGAGAAGUCCGCUUCAUAGGGUGUAAUAAUUUGAUCCUGCCUGUGGAGCAAGAGGAAAGAGCUGGAUUCUGGGGCGUCUCGUCGCUCGAGUCCGUGACCAUAAUCCAUUGUGACAAGCUAUUCUCUCGGUGGUCCAAGGGAGGAGUUGCAUCUCAGACUCAGAGCAUCAUCUACCCUCUCCCUCCGUGCCUCAAGGAACUCCGCCUUACGGGUGAGCAAAGCACGCUGCCAAUGGCUCUGCUCGCGAAUCUCACAUCUAUUACCAGUCUAGAACUUGUUAAUUACAUGGAUAUCACAGCGGAUGGGUUCGAUCCUCGCAUCACAUCCAACCUCGAGCAUCUGCGGGUGUACAAUGUGAGAGCAACUGGUGAUGAGGCUGAGCCAUACUCUGUAGCAGCAGAUGUACUUGCAGCGGUGGCAAGGACCCAAACAAUGCCCGCCGGUUCCUUCCAACUGGUGAACCUUGCGGUGGACAGGAUCUCCGCAGUGCUUGUUGCUCCCAUCUGCAGCCGCCUCUCUGCUACCCUCCAGACCUUAUCCUUCGAUUGUGAUUGGCGGACGGAGAAGUUCACGGAAGAGCAGGACGAGGCGCUUCAGCUCCUCACGUCUCUUCAAACCCUGUGGUUCGUUCAAUGCAGGGCUCUGCGGUCCCUCCCCCAAGGGUUGCAUCGCCUUCCUUCUCUCCAGGAAUUACGUAUCUGGGCGACUCAAAAAAUCAGAUCGCUGCCCAAGGAGGGCCUCCCCGAUUCACUGCGACUGCUAGACAUAGAUAAUUGCAGUCCCGAGAUUUAUGAGGAAUGCCAGAAAUUAAGGGGAACAAGGCCAGAUAUAGAUGUAGAUGCCAGAAAUUAA